AUAAAUUAUCACUGGACUCAAAACGGGAGUCCUAGUACAAAAGACACGUACUUGACAUCACUAAAACACUGCAUACCCACAUGAUGCCCUCUCUCCACAAAACUGAUCCCUGCUGAGCAGUAACUAUUAACCACCCACUGCCUGGUAAGUCCUUAUGCUAAGCACCAUGAAUACAAGGGCAAGAGCAGGAUUUUUGGUUGCACAGCUGGUGUUUCAGGCACCCAUCCUGCCAGGGAACCUCACAGAAGUGCCCCGUGUCACCCGAGUAUGCAGAACCCAAGCCCCCAAGCCAUUUUCCCCAUGCCAUCCUAAUGGCGCCCUCAGCCUUGAUGGGAGAAGCCACGAUGUUCCUGCCCACCACCUCUUAGUGGCGACAGGAACCUGCCCGCUCACUCACUGCGUGCCCAUUGGCUGGACAGUGGUAGAGGCGGGCCCUGACAUGCGCAUGCCCAGAGGGAGGAGCCAGAGGGGCACCUGCCAGCUCCUUGGGUGCCUGCGGUGUCCCUGGCUUUCCUGAGGGGGGCUCACUAACGGCUGGGUCCCGUCCCGCGGAGGCUGAGGAGAAGCAGGAGGCGAGUCCCUGAGGAGACGCUGUGACCUGAGGGCUUCCCUUACUGAGGAGGCCUCGUGCUUCAUCUGUCACAAGCGGUGUCCAGGCCGGUGGUGACAACAGAGGCAAUGCUCAGGCUUCUGAGACGUGCUUUGGCCUUCUUCCAUAGUACAGCCCACCCCACAGAGCAGCAGCGCCCACAGCAGCAGGGCCCACAGGAGCAGGGCCCACAGCAGCAGGGCCCACAGCAGCAGGACCCACAGCAGCAGGACCCACAGGAGCAGGGCCCACAGGAGCAGGGCCCACAGGAGCAGGGCCCACAGCAGCAGGGGCUCCCAGAAGGUGACACCCAGUUGACAACUGUGCAGGGAGUUGUCACAAGUUUCUGUGGUGAUUAUGGCGUGAUUGAUGAGUUGAUCUACUUCAGUAGUGAUGUUGUGACUGGCAACGUGCCUCUAAAAGUUGGACAAAAAGUUAAUGUGGUUGUGGAAGAAGAUAAAAUACUUUAUGGAUUGAGAGCAAUCAAGGUGGAUGUUGUGCCUCACCCUCUUAACGAUGAUGGACACUCAGACUCAAAAAUCAGAGUUUUAAAUGGAUGUGUUACUUCUAUAAGUGAAGAUACUGUUUAUAUUAAUAACAUCAUUUAUUUCCCUAUGGACAUUGUUUCUGAAGAUUUUGUGCCUUAUAAGGGCGACUGGUUAAAAGUUGAAUAUUCCACUGAACCAGGCUUCUCAAACUUCAAGGCAAGCUCUGUGAAGCCCACCCGUUGUAUUCAUGCGGAAGAGGUCUGCAUUACUAGCGUACAUGGAAGAAAUGGGGUGAUAGAUUAUACUAUUUUUUUCACCUUGGAUUCUGUGAAACUUCCUGAUGGAUACGUACCUCAAGUAGAUGAUAUCGUCAAUGUGGUCAUGGUGGAGAGCAUUCAGUUCUGCUUUAAGUGGAGAGCGGUUUCUAUCACCCCAGUACAAAAAUCAUGACAAAACAUUUUUAUUCUGUUUAUAUUUCCUUUUAUGAGCAGUAAAGGGGCUGGUUUAACUGAAAAGGUUAGCUUAGUAAGCCUAAAUAGUAUUUUACAUAUGACUUUUCUGGCAAAUCUAAUUGAGUUACUGGCUAGUUCAAUUGGACCAUGAACCCAGCUUAGGGAAGUGCCUUAACAAUUAAAAGCAUGCUAAAUUAGCUUGCUAGUCACUGGAGGAAAGGAGUUCUUAAUUAAAAUGAACACUGCCAUUAAAUUUGAAUUCCAUAUUUCCUAUUAGCAGCAGCAGAUUCCAGGAUGACAGAGACCUAGGACGGCCCUAAAGGGAACAUCAGAGCCAAAGCAUUUAACAGAAAAGUCAUCAGGGACAGCAUGUUAAAGGCAUGAUUUAAAGUUACACUUCAGUUUUGAGUCCCCCUUAUGCUGUCUGUACAACCUGUAUUGUUCCAUAGCCUCUUUCAUCUUCUGUCAUUCACAUAAUUUGCAAUGUUUAUUAUUCCUUAUGUUCCUUCUUCUCCAUGCUAGAAUGUAAACUCCACAAUGGCAGGAUGUCUUUUGGUCGGUUUUGUUUUUCUUUCUUUUUUUUUUCUUUCAUUAAAGCAUCAUCAGCCCUUAGAGGAAGGCGUGACAGACUCACUGAGCAGAUAAAAUGUUAUUAAGUUCAAUGACUGAAUGAUAUUUAGCUGUGGUUCAUUCAUCACUGGUUCCUUAGGAAUAAAAUUGUUGAGCAAUGCAUUAAGAC